UAGCCCUAGUCUUUUUUCCAAUUUACAAACCUUAAAUUUAAAUUCAUUCCAACCCAACUUAGCUAACAUCAAUUUAUAUAUCUACCUACUUACUCAACUUUGAACUCGUAAACAACUUAACCUCUAUUUGACCUUUACCCGUACUGACUUGACAACCUUACUUUAAAUUCAAAUUUCACUAGUUCCCCAUCAAUCUAAAAUUAGGAGAGAGCUCGCUGCGUAUUAUUGCCUUCAUUUGUGUUUUAGUUUCAGAACGCAUCUGCAAAUUGUCAGUGUGACGUUAACCUCAAAAGCCACGCUGGCACAUAAACGUUGCUAUAGCAUAGCUUAACGCAUACUGCAUUUCGAGUUUUUUCUGCUUAAAACAGUAAAGUGCAUUGUUCUUUCCAUACUUUUAAUUUAAAAAUUGAGUUUCGUUUAAAGUUUAAUAGAAAUUGCAUAUGCCAUCCUUAUUUUGUGAUAAAAACGUAAGGUGAUAAAUUCAUUUGCAAUCAAAGGCACUGCUUUCUUUAAAAAGGUGAAUUUAAACUCAACUGUAUCUAUUUCUUUCUAAUUACGCUGACGCAAAGUGGUUCUAUUCUAACAUCGCGCCUGCUUGCAUCUUGGUUUGUGUUCGCUUAUGCACAGUUUCGUUUGCACAAUUUCAGUGGAUUCCGUGGACAACCGUCGCAGUGCGUAUCGCGUGCCACAUCUGUAGUGCCACGCCCAUACCUGCCACCACGUGGCAAGUUGUCCAAGGGACUGCUGCCGCAACACACCUCGGCCUAGCUGUUGAAGUUUAAAAGGCGCGUAAGCUGUUUUCACAUUUUUAUUUCUAACGUGGAUAACUUUAAACUUGACAUUUUAUUUUUAAAAUUGUAUUUGACUUGUUUGCUAGCCCAGUUAAAAACAUAAUUCAACAUGGCUGAGGCAGCUAAAAGGGAGGCUCUUCUAGCAGAAUUGCGUACUAAACGCGGAUCGAUUAAAGGUCAAGUUUCCAAAUUCCGCAUUUACUUAGACAAAAUUUCAGAUGAUGAAGUGUUAUCAGGUGUUAAAUUCAAUGAGCUGACCUUAAGAUUAAACAAAGUUAUAGAGUUAUCCACGCGACUUGACGAGCUGCAAACUUCAAUCGAAGUUGCUAAUUUUGAAAAUUUAGACACUGAACUUGCAGAACGGGACAACAAUGAAACCCAUAUCAAUAAUGCUAUAGCUGCAGCUCAGUGUAUUCUUGAACGCUCUCAAGCUCAAAAACCCUCUCCAGAGACUUCUGUCAGAACAUGUUCAUCGAACGGCUGUCAUUCUGAGCAUCUCGGCUUCAAGCUUCCUCAAAUUAAAAUCUCUAAAUUUGAUGGUUCAUAUUAUAAGUGGAUGGAAUUUAAGGACCUUUAUGAAUCUUUAAUUCACAAUAAUGAUCACAUUAAACCUAUUCAUAAAUUCCAUUAUCUGAGCUCUUAUCUUGAAGGGGAUGCGGCCAGAGUGAUAGCAAACUUAGAAGUCUCCGCUAACAAUUAUACUGAAGCCUGGAAAAUUUUGUGUGACAGGUUCAGUAAUAAAAGACAGCUGAUUACUAACCAUUUAAAUUCUCUAUUUAAUUUAGAACCUAUACAGCGAGAAUCGGAUAAGGCCUUAAGGUUCCUUAAUGAUCAUGUAGUUAAAAAUCUCCGGGCCCUAAAGACAUUAGGUCAACCGACAGAGCAUUGGGAUACAAUUUUAGUUCACCUAUUGACGGCUAAGUUAGACGUCAAUACUAAUGCAAAAUGGGAAGAACAUAGGAACACUCUCAAAGAGUGGCCAUCACUCGAUGACUUUAGGGGAUUUCUUAGUAAUCGUGCAGACAUCUUAGAAAAUCUGUAUCGCUCUAGGAGAGAAAAACAAUCUAACCACAAGCCAGAGCCUGUGGCCAAUAAAACUUCAUUUAAACAUGAUAAAAACAUAAAAACAUUCGUGAUUUCAGAGAAACAAGAUGACCACAAGGGUCGGCCGUGCAUCGUGUGCCAUGGUGAUCACAGAGUGUACGACUGCCCAGCCUUUAAAAAGAUGUCAGUCGACGAGCGCUGGUCGCAGGCGUCACGUCUAAAGCUGUGCCAUGUCUGCCUCCGACCGGACCAUGAGACCCGUCAGUGCAAGCUGAACGGUUGCCGGGCCGCUCACGUCGCUGCCGGGCCCGCCGCUCGACGACCGCAACCCGCACCGCCUGGACCGCUACCUGAGGCUGGAGCAGCUACGGCAACACUUCUGGAAGCGCUGGUCGGCCGAGUACGUGUCUCUACAACAGCAACGCUACAAAUGGCGCGAGAGGCAACGUGACCUACAACUGGGAGAAGUAGUACUCAUCAAGGAGGAGGACUUACCGCCGUUGCUCUGGCGCAUGGGCAGAGUCGUCAAACUAUACCACGGGAAGGAUGGCGUACCUCGCGUGGCAGACAUCAAUACCGCUAGAGGGGUGAUCAAGCGUGCGCUGAACAGAAUAUGCCCGCUCUCGUCACAACAAGAAUCCUGAAAGAGAGUCUUUCAGCGCCCCGGAGUAUGUUAACGCCCUGACUGGCAACACAGACAGGAUAGCCAACCUCCGGUCACCCCGCUGAUCCAAUGAGCAGCGGCCAGAGCCUCGAGCUGCCGGACCAAUAGGAAUGAAGACUGAAGCGCCGCGGUUUUCCCCCGUCGCGACACUAUAAAAGCACGGUGCGCGGCACCAGCGUCCCUUUUUUACUAAUCGAAAACUCUCUCUGUCGCGUGUCCUAGACAAAACCUGUAAUUUAAAAUCCAUUAAAAGAAAUGGUAAUAUUU